CUCUCUAGGACCCCGCGCGGAGCUGCUGUCGGAACGCUGGCCUCUGCAGUCAGUGCGAGCGGAGCAUCUGGAGGAGAACUGGCCGGCUGGGGAGGUGGUGGAGGACGGGGAGAGCGAAGCAGAAGGAGGAUCCGGGAGUCAGCGAAAACAGAACGGGGGUCAGGCCUGGAACUUGGCGAAGCGGGGGAUCCUAAAGAAGGCGGGUCAUCAUUUUUUCCAGUUUCUGUUCUUUUAUUUUUGUUUUAAUCUUCUUUCGGCAUUAUUUAAACGGUCAUUCUUUUGGCGAUGCCGUCCAACGCAGUCACAGCCGCCCCUGCAUUCAAGAGCUCCGACUUUAACUGUGACACAAAUGGGAAUCAAAUGAAUGAGAGCUCUAGAAUGGACACAGUAAUUAUUGAUGAGGUGCCCUCUCUCUGCACUCCCGUCCGCAAGGUUGGACGACCCGGCCGUAAACGCAAGCACCUCCCCGUGGAGUGCUACGGACCAGUGGAUCAGCGGGUGGGCGUGGCUAUGCAGCACAAAGGGGUGGAGCUCCAGCUUUCUUCCCAGUCUCAGAAUGGAGAUGUUGAAAGGCAUGAGAACAAGUCCCGUGAAAGUUGCAACCCUACGCAGGAUAAAAAUGCUGCAGAAAACGGGAUACCUUUCCAUUCAGGCUGUCGCCCAGAGUCCUCCUCCGAUUCGAGCCUGAGCCCGUCCGCGGAGAACGGAUUUGUCAUCGACCAGGACAGGGCGAACCCUGUAAAGUACGAAGAGGACACAUUGCCAUCUCUGCCCCGCAAGAAACGAGGGAGACGGAAACUAGAGCGUCCGACUAAAUACGUGGAGCACAAGGACGACGAGGGUGGAGACUUGGUCAAGAAUGAGGGAGCUCGAGGGAGGCUCCGUGGGGGAGUGGGCCGGGAAGUCAGCCUCCGUCAAAGACCCAUGCCCAGAGUAACCUUCCAGGCCGGUGACCCUUAUUACAUUAACAAGAGGACCAGAGAAGAAUUGCUGGCCAAGUGGAAGUUGGAGGCAGAGAAGAAGGCGAAACUGGUGUCUAUUAUCAACUCAAUGGAGGACCUUGGCGAGGUAGAGCCAGAGCUCCAGAAAGAAAGCUCCACAGUUACCGUCCCGCUCCACUUUUCUCCACCAGCGCCGGCAACGCAGCAGCAACCGCCACAGCCUCAAACCCAACCUCAACCUCAGACCAGCCUCGAAGCCCAACCUCCUCCUCCUCAGCAGCAACCUUCAGCAUUCCAACAGCAGCAGCACCCUACAGAUCCAGCCUCUCCAACCGUUGCUACCACCCCAGAACCCGUGCCUAUAGGAGAUGGAAACAAGACUUCGCCCAAAUCCACUGACACAGAGUCGGAGUAUGAGGAUGGCCGAGGUUUUGGCAUUGGCGAGUUGGUUUGGGGGAAGUUACGUGGAUUCUCCUGGUGGCCCGGACGGAUUGUGUCUUGGUUGAUGACCGGUCGCAGCCGAGCGGCCGAAGGCACCAGAUGGGUCAGUUGGUUUGGUGAUGGCAAGUUUUCAGUGGUCUGUGUUGAGAAACUUUUGCCUUUGAGUUCUUUCCAAAACGCCUUUCACCAGCCAACCUACAAUAAACAACCUAUGUACAAGAAAGCCAUCUUCGAGGUGCUACAGGUAGCCAGCACUAGAGCGGGCAAAACCAUUCUUGGUUGUCCAGAGAGUGACGACACCGACAGUUCAAAGUCAGUAGACAUGCAAAACAAACAGAUGAUUGAAUGGGCCAUGACAGGAUUUCAACCCACAGGACCUAAAGGCCUCGAGCCACCUGAAGAGGAACGGAACCCAUAUAAGGAAGUGUACCCAGAGAUGUGGGUGGAGCCAGAGGCAGCAGCUUACACGCCCCCACCAGCAAAAAAGCCCCGCAAAAGCACAGCCACAGAGAAACCCAAGGUCAAAGACAUCAUUGACGAGAGGACUCGAGAGAGACUUGUAUACGAAGUUCGUCAAAAAUGUAGAAACAUUGAAGACAUCUGCAUCUCCUGCGGCAGCCUUAAUGUUUCCCUGGAGCACCCGCUCUUUAUAGGAGGAAUGUGCCAAAGCUGUAAGAACUGCUUUCUGGAAUGUGCAUAUCAAUAUGAUGACGACGGCUACCAGUCCUAUUGUACCAUCUGUUGUGGAGGCAGAGAAGUGCUCAUGUGUGGAAACAAUAACUGUUGCAGGUGUUUCUGUGUGGAAUGUGUGGAUCUGUGGGUGGGGCCCGGCGCGGCACAGGCAGCUAUAAAAGAGGACCCGUGGAACUGCUACAUGUGUGGGCCAAAGGGUCAGUACGGCCUGCUGGAGCGUCGGUCCGACUGGCCUAGCAGACUGCAGCGCUUCUUUGCCAACAAUCACGAUCAGGACUUUGAACCACCGAGGCUCUACCCUCCCGUUUUGGCAGAGAAAAGAAAACCCAUUCGUGUCCUGUCACUUUUUGAUGGGAUCGCAACAGGGCUGCUGGUGCUAAAGGAGCUGGGGAUCCAGGUGGAGCGAUACGUAGCCUCAGAAGUGUGCGAGGACUCCAUCACCGUGGGCAUUGUUCGGCACCAGGGACGCAUUAUGUAUGUGGGUGACGUGAGGAACGUCACGCGUAAACACAUCCAAGAGUGGGGUCCCUUUGAUCUUGUAAUAGGCGGAAGCCCAUGCAAUGACCUGUCCAUCGUGAAUCCAGCAAGAAAAGGUCUCUAUGAGGGCACAGGACGGUUAUUUUUUGAGUUUUAUCGGCUGUUACAUGAAGCUCGACCUAAACAGGGAGACAACAGGCCGUUCUUCUGGCUCUUUGAGAACGUGGUGGCCAUGGGUGUCAGCGACAAGAGGGACAUCUCUCGGUUUUUAGAGUGUAAUCCAGUUAUGAUUGACGCCAAAGAGGUGUCUGCUGCCCACAGAGCUCGAUACUUCUGGGGUAACCUGCCUGGCAUGAACAGACCAUUGAGCGCCAUGUGCUCGGAUAAACUGGACCUUCAAGACUGUUUGGAGCAUGGCAGGACGGCAAAGUUUGAUAAAGUGAGAACCAUUACCACUCGGUCAAAUUCCAUAAAGCAGGGCAAAGACCAGCACUUUCCUGUAUUCAUGAAUGAAAAAGAAGACAUCCUGUGGUGCACUGAGAUGGAGAGGGUGUUUGGCUUCCCUGUCCACUACACAGACGUGUCAAACAUGAGCCGCCUGGCCAGGCAGAGGCUUCUGGGACGGUCGUGGAGUGUCCCUGUCAUUCGCCACUUGUUUGCACCACUCAAAGAGUACUUCGCCUGCGUCUGAAGUCAAACACAAUACAGACGAAAUCUAAACCGAUGUAAUACCAGGAGCCUUGAAAUCGAGCUCUUGUACGUUAUUUGCAAGUUCAACAUCAGCAAAGAUAUUUCAUGUUUUUUCCUCUGGUUUGGAAUAAUUGACUUUUUUAAUUCUAUUUAAUUUUUUAUUAUCGUUUUACUUUAGCAGUGUUAUCCAUUAUUUGAAUUGAUUUAUGUGUGCAAGCUAUACUUGAGACAUGGCCUCCUUUUUAAGGCACUGAGAGACGAUAUAACAAUUAGAGGCAUAAACUAGACGGAAACAUUUUAAGUUAGCCCAAGUUCACAUUUUGACUUCCUCUGUGCUCAUCGGGCAGAAUCGGGGUGCCGAUCGAUACGAUUCUCCUCUGUAUCCUCUCAGCCGAGCCUCGUGAGAGCGGAUAAAGGCUUUCUCGAAAGUGUCAGGGGAGUUCUGUCUUAACCAAUCCAAAACACCAGAUCACAAAUACCUCUUUGUUUACAGUUUCUAUACACAACUGAAGGUAAUAAAAGGUACUGCUGUAAUAGGUGACAAUAUGGUGCUUCAAGGUGGUGAAAAACAUUGCAACUCAUGUGGUGCUACUACUCGAAACAUGAUGGGGUCACGUUUUGUACCGUCGCCAGGUCAAACGAAUGACGCUACAACUUUGGAGAAAAAAAAUUUACAGGUCACGACAGGUCUGCCACAUCUCAUUUUAUAUCUUUUACAGCCUUUUUGUACAAUAUCUUCUGGUGCUCUUUUCCAAAACGCCUCAGCCUUUCAAUCUUCAAGAUCUGCUUCCUACAGCCCGGUAUGCCUGCGACCGAAGCGCGUGAAACACAUGGGCGGUGAUGUUUUUUGUCAUCCAUACCUUGAAAUCAAAGGCUGUGGUGAGCUACUUUUUCUAGUAUCACACAGGCCAGAAUUAUUACUGUACAACUCUUAGUGUGCGUUGCGGCCACAGCAAGGAUUGGCAUUGGUCCUUUAGUCGGCCGAGUGAAUCAGCCUUCAGCCGUGGCCCUCCGCAGGCUAUUCUCAGUCAGGUGCAAAACUUUAAAGGUGCGGCUUCACAAUGUUAUUCUACCUUUUUAUAGCAAUUUUUGUGCUGUGUUACCAACAAUACCGAGCACUUUUGUAUAUGUAUACUUCUUUAUUUCUUUGAUAUUUUUUCCUCUUGAUUCUCGUGAAUUGUUUCUUAUUGGUUAUGUUAAAUGAUGUGAAACUCUUGCCGUUAUAUAAGGUAAUACUUUGUUGUGUACAGUAGGGCUGUGCCAAUAGAUGUGAAAGAACGAGCUAGGAUAGAAUAAAUCCUCCAUCUGUCGUGCUGGUGGUGAAGGGGCAGAUUUCAAAUAACCACCCCUCUCAUGUUCUCAUGUGCUACAGAGUCGCUUUAUCAUAACUCGCGUCGAGAUAUUAGUGUAUGCUCACGGUUCUACUGGUAUAUAAUCCCAAAGUGAGUGUGUCUGUGAAAUAUCCCUGUAGAAAACUAGUCAUUUUCGCAGAUUGGAUGUCGAUGUGACAUCACACAGUUGUUAACUACGUCUGGUCCCUAGCGUAGAUCUGAAAACAUUAUUAUGUUUGCCAAUGGUGGAUGUUGACCAUGUCAAUAUUUUAGUUAUAACACGCAAGCUAUGUAAUAGAUAAGGCUAAAUUUGGUCAGAAAUGGGCUCUAAUGAAAUCAUUGUCGGGUUCUUUUUCUUAUUUACUGCAUUGCACUGCUUACAUACCUUAAACAUUUUUCAUGCUCAGCAACGUGUCUUUAUUUUUCAAAUUAUAUCAUCGCCCAGAUUUUUUUUUGUACAUUUUGUACAUAGAAAUUGUCUGUUGCUUUUUUUAAUGACCUAUGAGAUGUACAAAUAUAAUUCUUUGCUAAUAUAUAUCAAAACGGCGCUCAAAUUGCAACGAGGGGGGGUAAUUGACAAAAUGGCAACAGGUAAAUUGACAUAAGCUAUAAAGCAGCAGGGUGCUAUGACUGCGUGUCGUUUGUAAUUCAUAUUUAUAUUUGUCGAAUGCGGGGUAAACGAAAGAAUGAGUUUGCUAAGUGAUUUUAACGGUCCCAUCUUUACUGCACAGCCCUACAAACUAAAGUGUGUUUCAAUUUGCUUUUUAAUUCUUUUUUAAGUACUAAGAGAGGGGUCGUAGGUGUUUCCUAAGGUGCUAAACAUUUUAUCUAAUUGAGAAAAAUAUAUUAUUUGGUAAGAAAUAAUUGUGUCUUGACAAUGAUGAUAGUUUUUUUUUUUUUUUUUUUUUUUUUUUUGGAGGGAGGGGUUCUUGUAGUACUGGAGAAGCACUAUUAUUUUACUCUGUCAUAUAAAGAUAUUAACAAAGGCAUUUUAACUUUGUACUUGAAAAAAGUGAUAAAUGAUGAAAGAUUCUUAUAUUGUUUUAGAAUAGACAUUGCUGUAGUUGGUGCUUAUCUGUGGGAAAUCAUGUACUCAUAAUGGGAAAUAACAAAAAAAAUUGUAACUCUUGCUGUUAACAUGUACUUGCUUAUUAUCCAUGCAGAAUUGCUUCUAAGUCCUACAUUCCAUGCCAUAUAUCCAGCCCUCCAUCUUGUUUUGUUUUCAUUUUUUUUUACUUUAUUUGUUUCUGUUUUGUUCAAUUUUCUGUCAUUCGGGUAUAUGUGUUUGGCUGUAACAGUCUCAUCUUUGCCCUCCUAACAGAUUGUCUGUAUAUCUCAGUGACACUGUUGAUACGUGUGACUUUUGUUGUGUCAUGUACGCUUUUAUUUAAGCCUUUUCUCCUUCGCAGUCAGCUCAUACAGCAAAUGUAGCAGUCAUGCGCCACCUCACCCCCUUUCUUUUGUUAUGUGCCCAGAACGAAGAAAAAAGGCUCCUUAUGUACUUGUGCUGGAGAACACUUGAAUAAAUGUAUUGUUUUUUUUUUGUGAAAAAGUCCAGUUGUUUUUUUUUUUGCCUUCCAAAAAUAUUACCACAAUUACUCUUACAAUUGCCUAAUUAAAUCACUAACUUAAUUAAAGUUAAAAAAAUUUUUAAGUAAUGUAGUAUUUUUUUGACAAUUUUAUGAAUAAAACCAUUCAUCAUA